AUGGAUGCAUCUGGUCUAAUAUCAUGGCACUUUUUUCUCUUGACUUUUAUCGUACAAUGGGUAUCCGGACAGGAAUACAGUUCCACGACUGGUCAUAUAGCCUUCUCAGAGGUCAGAGAUAACUACUAUAAGGAGUUAUGGUGCGCUACUGGACUGGAGUUCAGAUAUUAUGUCAGUUACGGUCAAUGUAUGGGGCCCACGGCGGAACCAACAACAGAAAUGGUUGUCGAUUGCCAGAAAGGCACCUACACUUACGCGAACGGCCAUCGGGUGGCAUGUUCCACCAGCACUUUAUUCGGAAGAACUACUUCACUGGGGAAGAGCUUCACGGGGUGUAUGACUUGGUCAUUCUUGGAACAUGAGGGCGAGUCCACGGCUUCUACCACAUCGUAUGACUGCUACACAGAAGAGUCUACCAUCACCGUGGUUAAGACGCUCGUGCCGGGAGACGUAUACCUCACUAGAGGUGCAGACGUCCCACUCACAGUUCCCGGAGGCUCAACAGCCGCUUCCGCGCUUGAGACGACAUUUCCGACUGUAGCGACGGAACACAACAACCCAGGCGCUAGACCCGAUACCAGUUAUCCAAUACUCUUACAGCCACAAUAUCACCCGCGCAGCAAGGCAUGGAUAGCAGGCGCCGUGGUUGGUCCAACUGCCGCCCUCAUGGUCGGAAUAUGUAGUAUUGCUGGCAUACUCCGGUACCGCAAGCGACGGAAGGCAGAAACUGCAGGCCUUUUAGCUCCUGCGGUGUAUCCGACGCAAUCUCCUCCCCAAGCUAAACAGCCGAUGGAUAUGACGCCGCUUCCCAUGGUACCCGUCGAGGCUAUGGGAUAUCAUGACGCCGAGGACGGUUCUAUUUACGGUCAUUCGCGACAUACAUCCACGAUCGUGGAGUUGGAGGCACCGGUGUAUGCAAAGAAUGGAUCGGAGAGUGUGCCGAGGACUUCGGAUGCUAGUCGUUUGGGAGAGCAGGAGCCGUGA